UUUUAAGCUAGACUCACAGCCGGAAUGGGUGCUCUGACAGCCAUGAACUGGCAUAAAACAUUUUGUUUUGGUCUGGUUUUGUCUUUAUACCUCUGCUACAAAGUGGAAGGUAGAGGAUUCAAUAUAGCAGUAAACAAUCCAUUCAUCAACCAUGCUACAGCCGAGGGAUUUGCGAGAUCUUUUGUGCGUAACAUUAUAACCUCCGGGGCAUUUGGAAGACAAGGAACAGCAGAUUUCGAAGAUAUAGUCGAAGAUCUUGUGACAGCAAUGAAAGACUCCUCUUACGGCAAAAAAGAAUCAUCUGCAAAAGUAAAAGCAAUGACGAUGGCUUUUGCAUCUUCUAUAGCAGAACUCAUAGUAAUAGAAGAUAGUGCAGAAAAUGACAUGCAACAGAAGACAGAAAUUAUAACAGAAGCACUAAGAGAAGCUUUUCUAGAAACUAUUGGAGUUGUGAAUGAAGAUUUUAUCUUGGAAAUAAAGAUUUUAGUUGAAUUGUUCUCAAAUGAAAACUUAAAUGAAGUAGAAAACCAGCAAGGAGGAGAACAGGGUUCCGGAGGAAAAACUUCUGGUGAACAAGGAGGAGAACAAUCUUCAUCCGGAGGACAAGGUGAAGAAAUACAAGUUGCAGCAUCCCAGGCAAUAGCAGUAAAGGGACCUUCGUCUGGUGGAUCAGGAGGUGGUCAGAAGCCGUCUGGAGGCCAAGGUGGACAGAAGCCAUCUGGGGGAGAAGGCGGAGAGCAACCAUCAUAUGGUGGAGAAGGCGGACCAUCUUCAGGAGGACAAGGUAGAGAACCAGAAGUUGCAGUGGCCCAAGCAAUAUCACUGACUCUACCAUCAUCUGGUGGUUCCGGAGGUGGUGAAAAGCCUUCUGGAGGACAGGGUGGAGAGAAGCCCUCAUCUGGAGGAGAAGGCGGAGAGCAACCAUCAUCUGGUGGAGAAGGCGGACCAUCUUCAGGAGGACAAGGUGGAGAACCAGAAGUGGCAGUGGCCCAAGCAAUAUCAGUGGAACUACCAUCAUCUGGCGGUUACGGAGGUGGUGAAAAGCCUUCUGGAGGAGAGGGUGGAGAGAAGCCCUCAUCUGGAGGAGAAGGCGGAGAGCAACCAUCAUCUGGUGGAGAAGGCGGACCAUCUUCAGGAGGACAAGGUGGAGGACCGGAAGUUGCAGCGGCCCAAGCAAUAUCACUGACUCUACCAUCAUCUGGUGGUUCCGGAGGUGGUGAAAAGCCUUCUGAAGGACAGGGUGGAGAGACGCCCUCAUCUGGAGGAGAAGGCGGAGAACAACCAUCAUCUGGUGGAGAAGGCGGACCAUCUUCAGGAGGACAAGGUGGAGAACCAGAAGUUGCAGUGGCCCAAGCAAUAUCAGUGGAACUACCAUCAUCUGGAGGUUCCGGAGGUGGUGAAAAGCCUUCUGAAGGACAGGGUGGAGAGACGCCCUCAUCUGGAGGAGAAGGCGGAGAGCAACCAUCAUCUGGUGGAGAAGGCGGACCAUCUUCAGGAGGACAAGGUGGAGAACCAGAAGUUGCAGUGGCCCAAGCAAUAUCAGUGGAACUGCCAUCAUCUGGUGGUUCCGGAGGUGGUGAAAAGCCUUCUGGAGGACAGGGUGGAGAGAAGCCCUCAUCUGGAGGAGAAGGCGGAGAGCAACCAUCAUCUGGUGGAGAAGGCGGACCAUCUUCAGGAGGACAAGGUGGAGAACCAGAAGUUGCAGUGGCCCAAGCAAUAUCAGUGGAACUACCAUCAUCUGGCGGUUCCGGAGGUGGUGAAAAGCCUUCUGAAGGACAGGGUGGAGAGACGCCCUCAUCUGGAGGAGAAGGCGGAGAACAACCAUCAUCUGGUGGAGAAGGCGGACCAUCUUCAGGAGGACAAGGUGGAGAACCAGAAGUUGCAGUGGCCCAAGCAAUAUCAGUGGAACUACCAUCAUCUGGUGGUUCCGGAGGUGGUGAAAAGCCUUCUGAAGGACAGGGUGGAGAGACGCCCUCAUCUGGAGGAGAAGGCGGAGAACAACCAUCAUCUGGUGGAGAAGGCGGACCAUCUUCAGGAGGACAAGGUGGAGAACCAGAAGUUGCAGUGGCCCAAGCAAUAUCAGUGGAACUACCAUCAUCUGGUGGUUCCGGAGGUGGUGAAAAGCCUUCUGGAGGACAGGGUGGAGAGAAGCCCUCAUCUGGAGGAGAAGGCGGAGAGCAACCAUCAUCUGGUGGAGAAGGCGGACCAUCUUCAGGAGGACAAGGUGGAGAACCAGAAGUUGCAGUGGCCCAAGCAAUAUCAGUGGAACUACCAUCAUCUGGCGGUUCCGGAGGUGGUGAAAAGCCUUCUGGAGGAGAGGGUGGAGAGAAGCCCUCAUCUGGAGGAGAAGGCGGAGAGCAACCAUCAUCUGGUGGAGAAGGCGAACCAUCUUCAGGAGGACAAGGUGGAGGACCAGAAGUUGCAGCGGCCCAAGCAAUAUCACUGACUCUACCAUCAUUUGGUGGUUCCGGAGGUGGUGAAAAGCCUUCUGAAGGACAGGGUGGAGAGACGCCCUCAUCUGGAGGAGAAGGCGGAGAACAACCAUCAUCUGGUGGAGAAGGCGGACCAUCUUCAGGAGGACAAGGUGGAGAACCAGAAGUUGCAGUGGCCCAAGCAAUAUCAGUGGAACUACCAUCAUCUGGUGGUUCCGGAGGUGGUGAAAAGCCUUCUGGAGGACAGGGUGGAGAGCAGCCCUCAUCUGGAGGAGAAGGCGGAGAGCAACCAUCAUCUGGUGGAGAAGGCGGACCAUCUUCAGGAGGACAAGGUGGAAAACCAGAAGUUGCAGUGGCCCAAGCAAUAUCAGUGGAACUACCAUCAUCUGGCGGUUCCGGAGGUGGUGAAAAGCCUUCUGGAGGAGGGGGUGGAGAGAAGCCCUCAUCUGGAGGAGAAGGCGGAGAGCAACCAUCAUCUGGUGGAGAAGGCGGACCAUCUUCAGGAGGACAAGGUGGAGGACCGGAAGUUGCAGUGGCCCAAGCAAUAUCAGUGGAACUACCAUCAUCUGACGGUUCCGGAGGUGGUGAAAAGCCUUCUGGAGGAGAGGGUGGAGAGAAGCCCUCAUCUGGAGGAGAAGGCGGAGAGCAACCAUCAUCUGGUGGAGAAGGCGGACCAUCUUCAGGAGGACAAGGUGGAGGACCGGAAGUUGCAGCGGUCCAAGCAAUAUCACUGACUCUACCAUCAUCUGGUGGUUCCGGAGGUGGUGAAAAGCCUUCUGAAGGAGAGGGUGGAGAGAAGCCCUCAUCUGGAGGAGAAGGCGGAGAACAACCAUCAUCUGGUGGAGAAGGCGGACCAUCUUCAGGAGGACAAGGUGGAGAACCAGAAGUUGCAGUGGCCCAAGCAAUAUCAGUGGAACUACCAUCAUCUGGUGGUUCCGGAGGUGGUGAAAAGCCUUCUGGAGGACAGGGUGGAGAGAAGCCCUCAUCUGGAGGAGAAGGUGGAGAACCAGAAGGUCCAGAAGCAAUUGCAGUAGCUGGACCAUCAUCUGGAGCUGGUGAUAGUGGAAAACCUUCUGGAGGACAAGGAGGAGAGAAGCCAUCAUCUGGAGGAGAAGGCGGAGAACCAGAAGGUCCGGAAGCAAUUGCAGUAGCUGGACCAUCAUCUGGUGGAUCUGGUGAUAGUGGAAAGCCUUCUGAAGAACAGGGUGGAGAGAAACCAUCUGGUGGAGAAGGCGGAGAGCAACCAUCAUCUGGUGGAGAAGGCGGAGAGCAACCAUCAUCUGGUGGAGAAGGCGGACCAUCUUCAGGAGGACAAGGUGGAGAACCAGAAGUUGCAGUGGCCCAAGCAAUAUCAGUGGAACUACCAUCAUCUGGUGGAUCCGGUGGUGGUGAAAAGCCUUCUGGUGGACAGGGUGGAGAGAAGCCCUCAUCUGGAGAAGGCGGAGAGAAACCAUCAUCUGGCGGAGAAGGGGGUCCAUCUUCAGGAGGACAAGGUGGAGGACCGGAAGUUGCAGUGGCCCAAGCAAUAUCAGUGGAAUUACCGUCACCUGGUGGUUCCGGAGGUGGUGAAAAGCCUUCUGGAGGACAGGGUGGAGAGAAGCCCUCACCUGGAGGAGAAGGCGGAGAACCAGAAGGUCCAGAAGCAAUUGCAAUAGCUGGACCAUCAUCUGGAGCUGGUGAUAGUGGAAAACCUUCUGGAGGACAAGGAGGAGAGAAGCCAUCAUCUGGAGGAGAAGGCGGAGAACCAGAAGGUCCAGAAGCAAUUGCAGUAGCUGGACCAUCAUCUGGUGGAUCUGGUGAUAGUGGAAAGCCUUCUGAAGAACAGGGUGGAGAGAAACCAUCAGGUGGACAAGGCGGAGAGCAACCAUCAUCUGGUGGAGAAGGCGGAGAGCAACCAUCAUCUGGUGGAGAAGGCGGAGAACCAGAAGGUCCAGAAGCAAUAGCAGUAGCUGAACCAUCAUCUGGUGAUUCUGGCGAAAUUGGAAAGCCUUCUGGAGGACAGGGUGGAGAGAAACCAUAUGGUGGAGAAGGCGGACAACAGCCUUCCGGUGGUCAAGGUGCAGAACCCGAAGUUGCAGUGGCCCAAGCAAUAUCAGUGGAACUACCAUCAUCCGGUGGUUCCGGAGGUGGUGAAAAGCCUUCUGGAGGACAGGGUGGAGAGAAGCCCUCAUCUGGAGGAGAAGGCGGAGAGCAACCAUCAUCUGGUGGAGAAGGUGGACCAUCUUCAGGAGGACAAGGUGGAGAACCAGAAGUUGCAGUGGCCCAAGCAAUAUCAGUGGAACUACCAUCAUCUGGUGGAUCCGGUGGUGGUGAAAAGCCUUCUGGUGGACAGGGUGGAGAGAAGCCCUCAUCUGGAGAAGGCGGAGAGAAACCAUCAUCUGGUGGAGAAGGGGGUCCAUCUUCAGGAGGACAAGGUGGAGGACCGGAAGUUGCAGUGGCCCAAGCAAUAUCAGUGGAAUUACCGUCACCUGGUGGUUCCGGAGGUGGUGAAAAGCCUUCUGGAGGACAGGGUGGAGAGAAGCCCUCACCUGGAGGAGAAGGCGGAGAACCAGAAGGUCCAGAAGCAAUUGCAGUAGCUGGACCAUCAUCUGGUGGAUCUGGUGAUAGCGGAAAGCCUUCUGAAGAACAGGGUGGAGAGAAACCAUCAGGUGGACAAGGCGGAGAGCAACCAUCAUCUGGUGGAGAAGGCGGAGAGCAACCAUCAUCUGGUGGAGAAGGCGGAGAACCAGAAGGUCCAGAAGCAAUAGCAGUAGCUGAACCAUCAUCUGGUGAUUCUGGCGAAAUUGGAAAGCCUUCUGGAGGACAGGGUGGAGAGAAACCAUCUGGUGGAGAAGGCGGACAACAGCCUUCCGGUGGUCAAGGUGCAGAACCCGAAGUUGCAGUGGCCCAAGCAAUAUCAGUGGAACUACCAUCAUCCGGUGGUUCCGGAGGUGGUGAAAAGCCUUCUGGAGGACAGGGUGGAGAGAAGCCCUCAUCUGGAGGAGAAGGCGGGGAGCAACCAUCAUCUGGUGGAGAAGGUGGACCAUCUUCAGGAGGACAAGGCGGAGGACCGGAAGUUGCAGUGGCCCAAGCAAUAUCAGUGGAACUACCAUCAUCUGGUGGAUCCGGUGGUGGUGAAAAGCCUUCUGGAGGACAAGGUGGAGAGAAGCCCUCAUCUGGAGGAGAAGGCGGGGAGCAACCAUCAUCUGGUGGAGAAGGCGGACCAUCUUCAGGAGGACAAGGCGGAGGACCGGAAGUUGCAGUGGCCCAAGCAAUAUCUGUGGAACUACCAUCAUCUGGUGGAUCCGGUAGUGAUGAAAAGCCUUCUGGAGGACAGGGUGGAGAGAAGCCCUCAUCUGAAGAAGGCGGAGAGAAACCAUCAUCUGGUGGAGAAGGGGGUCCAUCUUCAGGAGGACAAGGCGGAGGACCGGAAGUUGCAGUGGCCCAAGCAAUAUCAGUGGAAUUACCGUCACCUGGUGGUUCCGGAGGUGGUGAAAAGCCUUCUGGAGGACAGGGUGGAGAGACGCCCUCAUCUGGAGGAGAAGGCGGAGAACAACCAUCAUCUGGUGGAGAAGGCGGACCAUCUUCAGGAGGACAAAGUGGAGAACCAGAAGUUGCAGUGGCCCAAGCAAUAUCAGUGGAACUACCAUCAUCUGGUGGUUCCGGAGGUGGUGAAAAGCCUUCUGGAGGACAGGGUGGAGAGAAGCCCUCAUCUGGAGGAGAAGGCGGAGAGCAACCAUCAUCUGGUGGAGAAGGCGGACCAUCUUCAGGAGGACAAGGUGGAGAACCAGAAGUUGCAGUGGCCCAAGCAAUAUCAGUGGAACUACCAUCAUCUGGUGGUUCCGGAGGUGGUGAAAAGCCUUCUGGAGGACAGGGUGGAGAGAAGCCCUCAUCUGGAGGAGAAGGCGGAGAGCAACCAUCAUCUGGUGGAGAAGGCGGACCAUCUUCAGGAGGACAAGGUGGAAAACCAGAAGUUGCAGUGGCCCAAGCAAUAUCAGUGGAACUACCAUCAUCUGGCGGUUCCGGAGGUGGUGAAAAGCCUUCUGGAGGAGGGGGUGGAGAGAAGCCCUCAUCUGGAGGAGAAGGCGGAGAGCAACCAUCAUCUGGUGGAGAAGGCGGGCCAUCUUCAGGAGGACAAGGUGGAGGACCGGAAGUUGCAGUGGCCCAAGCAAUAUCAGUGGAACUACCAUCAUCUGACGGUUCCGGAGGUGGUGAAAAGCCUUCUGGAGGAGAGGGUGGAGAGAAGCCCUCAUCUGGAGGAGAAGGCGGAGAGCAACCAUCAUCUGGUGGAGAAGGCGGACCAUCUUCAGGAGGACAAGGUGGAGGACCGGAAGUUGCAGCGGUCCAAGCAAUAUCACUGACUCUACCAUCAUCUGGUGGUUCCGGAGGUGGUGAAAAGCCUUCUGAAGGAGAGGGUGGAGAGAAGCCCUCAUCUGGAGGAGAAGGCGGAGAACAACCAUCAUCUGGUGGAGAAGGCGGACCAUCUUCAGGAGGACAAGGUGGAGAACCAGAAGUUGCAGUGGCCCAAGCAAUAUCAGUGGAACUACCAUCAUCUGGUGGUUCCGGAGGUGGUGAAAAGCCUUCUGGAGGACAGGGUGGAGAGAUGCCCUCAUCUGGAGGAGAAGGCGGAGAGCAACCAUCAUCUGGUGGAGAAGGUGGACCAUCUUCAGGAGGACAAGGUGGAGAACCAGAAGUUGCAGUGGCCCAAGCAAUAUCAGUGGAACUACCAUCAUCUGGUGGUUCCGGAGGUGGUGAAAAGCCUUCUGGAGGACAGGGUGGAGAGAAGCCCUCAUCUGGAGGAGAAGGUGGAGAACCAGAAGGUCCAGAAGCAAUUGCAGUAGCUGGACCAUCAUCUGGAGCUGGUGAUAGUGGAAAACCUUCUGGAGGACAAGGAGGAGAGAAGCCAUCAUCUGGAGGAGAAGGCGGAGAACCAGAAGGUCCGGAAGGUGGAGAGAAACCAUCUGGUGGAGAAGGCGGAGAGCAACCAUCAUCUGGUGGAGAAGGCGGAGAACCAGAAGGUCCAGAAGCAAUAGCAGUAGCUGAACCAUCAUCUGGUGGUUCUGGCGAAAUUGGAAAGCCUUCUGGAGGACAGGGUGGAGAGAAACCAUAUGGUGGAGAAGGCGGACAACAGCCUUCCGGUGGUCAAGGUGGUGAAAAGCCUUCUGGAGGACAGGGUGGAGAGAAGCCCUCAUCUGGAGGAGAAGGCGGAGAGCAACCAUCAUCUGGUGGAGAAGGUGGACCAUCUUCAGGAGGACAAGGUGGAGAACCAGAAGUUGCAGUGGCCCAAGCAAUAUCAGUGGAACUACCAUCAUCUGGUGGAUCCGGUGGUGGUGAAAAGCCUUCUGGUGGACAGGGUGGAGAGAAGCCCUCAUCUGGAGAAGGCGGAGAGAAACCAUCAUCUGGUGGAGAAGGGGGUCCAUCUUCAGGAGGACAAGGUGGAGGACCGGAAGUUGCAGUGGCCCAAGCAAUAUCAGUGGAAUUACCGUCACCUGGUGGUUCCGGAGGUGGUGAAAAGCCUUCUGGAGGACAGGGUGGAGAGAAGCCCUCACCUGGAGGAGAAGGCGGAGAACCAGAAGGUCCAAAAGCAAUUGCAAUAGCUGGACCAUCAUCUGGAGCUGAACCAGAAGGUCCAGAAGCAAUUGCAGUAGCUGGACCAUCAUCUGGUGGAUCUGGUGAUAGUGGAAAGCCUUCUGAAGAACAGGGUGGAGAGAAACCAUCAGGUGGACAAGGCGGAGAGCAACCAUCAUCUGGUGGAGAAGGCGGAGAGCAACCAUCAUCUGGUGGAGAAGGCGGAGAACCAGAAGGUCCAGAAGCAAUAGCAGUAGCUGAACCAUCAUCUGGUGGUUCUGGCGAAAUUGGAAAGCCUUCUGGAGGACAGGGUGGAGAGAAACCAUCUGGUGGAGAAGGCGGACAACAGCCUUCUGGUGGUCAAGGUGCAGAACCCGAAGUUGCAGUGGCCCAAGCAAUAUCAGUGGAACUACCAUCAUCCGGUGGUUCCGGAGGUGGUGAAAAGCCUUCUGGAGUACAGGGUGGAGAGAAGCCCUCAUCUGGAGGAGAAGGCGGGGAGCAACCAUCAUCUGGUGGAGAAGGUGGACCAUCUUCAGGAGGACAAGGCGGAGGACCGGAAGUUGCAGUGGCCCAAGCAAUAUCAGUGGAACUACCAUCAUCUGGUGGAUCCGGUGGUGGUGAAAAACCUUCUGGAGGACAAGGUGGAGAGAAGCCCUCAUCUGGAGGAGAAGGCGGGGAGCAACCAUCAUCUGGUGGAGAAGGCGGACCAUCUUCAGGAGGACAAGGCGGAGGACCGGAAGUUGCAGUGGCCCAAGCAAUAUCUGUGGAACUACCAUCAUCUGGUGGAUCCGGUAGUGAUGAAAAGCCUUCUGGAGGACAGGGUGGAGAGAAGCCCUCAUCUGGAGAAGGCGGAGAGAAACCAUCAUCUGGUGGAGAAGGGGGUCCAUCUUCAGGAGUACAAGGUGGAGGACCGGAAGUUGCAGUGGCCCAAGCAAUAUCAGUGGAAUUACCGUCACCUGGUGGUUCCGGAGGUGGUGAAAAGCCUUCUGGAGGACAGGGUGGAGAGAAGCCCUCACCUGGAGGAGAAGGCGGAGAACCAGAAGGUCCAGAAGCAAUUGCAAUAGCUGGACCAUCAUCUGGAGCUGGUGAUAGUGGAAAACCUUCUGGAGGACAAGGAGGAGAGAAGCCAUCAUCUGGAGGAGAAGGCGGAGAACCAGAAGGUCCAGAAGCAAUUGCAGUAGCUGGACCAUCAUCUGGUGGAUCUGGUGAUAGUGGAACGCCUUCUGAAGAACAGGGUGGAGAGAAACCAUCAGGUGGACAAGGCGGAGAGCAACCAUCAUCUGGUGGAGAAGGCGGAGAACCAGAAGGUCCAGAAGCAAUAGCAGUAGCUGGACCAUCAUCUGGUGGUUCUGGCGAAAUUGGAAAGACUUCUGGAGGACAGGGUGGAGAGAAACCAUCUGGUGGAGAAGGCGGACAACAGCCUUCCGGUGGUCAAGGUGCAGAACCCGAAGUUGCAGUGGCCCAAGCAAUAUCAGUGGAACUACCAUCAUCUGGUGGAUCCGGUGGUGGUGAAAAGCCUUCUGGUGGACAGGGUGGAGAGAAGCCCUCAUCUGGAGGAAAAGGCGGAGAGCAACCAUCAUCUGGUGGAGAAGGCGGACCAUCUUCAGGAGGACAAGGUGAAGGACCGGAAGUUGCAGUGGCUCAAGCAAUAUCAGUGGAUCUACCAUCACCUGGUGGUUCCGGAGGUGGUGAAAAGCCUUCUGGAGGACAAGGUGGACAGAAGCCUUCAUCUGGAGGAGAAGGCGAAGAACCAGAAGGUCCAGAAGCAAUUGCAGUAGCUGGACCAUCAUCUGGAGGUGGUGAAAGUUUAAAACCUUCUGAAGGACAGGGUGCAGAGAAACCAUCUGGUGGAAAAGGCGAACAGCAGCCUUCAGGUUUAGAAGGUGGAGAAAAGCCCUCAUCUGGAGGAGAAGGCGGAGAACCAGAAGGUCCAGAAGCAAUAGCAGUAGCUGGACCGUUAUCUGGUGGUUCUGGGGAUAGUGGAAAGCCUUCUGGAGGACAAGGAGGAGAGAAGCCCUCAUCUGGAGGAGAAGGUGGAGAACCAGAAGGUCCAGAAGCAAUUGCAGUAGCUGAACCAUCAUCUGGUGGAUCUGGUGACGGUGGAAAGCCUUCUGAAGGACAGGGUGGAGAAAAACCAUCUGGUGGAGAAGGCGGAGAGCAACCAUCAUCUGGUGGAGAAGGCGGAGAGCAACCAUCAUCUGGUGGAGAAGGCGAACCAUCUUCAGGAGGACAAGGUGGCGAACCCGAAGUUGCAGUGGCCCAAGCAAUAUCUUUGAAACUACCAUCAUCUGGUGGAUCCGGUGGUGGUGAAAAGCCUUCUGGUGGACAGGGUGGAGAGAAGCCCUCAUCUGGAGGAGAAGGCGGAGAGCAGCCAUCAUCUGGUGGAGAAGGCGGACCAUCUUCAGGAGGACAAGGUGGCGAACCCGAAGUUGCAGUGGCCCAAGCAAUAUCUUUGGUGCUUCCAUCAUCUGGUGGAUCCGGUGGUGGCGAAAAGCCUUCUGAAGGACAGGGUGGAGAGAAGCCCUCAUCUGGAGGAGAAGGCGGAGAGCAACCAUCAUCUGGUGGAGAAGGCGGACCAUCUUCUGGAGGACAAGGUGGCGAACCCGAAGUGGCAGUGGCCCAAGCAAUAUCAGUGGAACUACCAUCAUCUGGUGACUCCGGAGGUGGUGAAAAGCCUUCUGGAGGACAGGGUGGAGAGAAGCCCUCAUCUGGAGGAGAAGUGGGAGAGCAACCAUCAUCUGGUGGAGAAGGCGGACCAUCUUCAGGAGGACAAGGUGGAGAACCCGAAGUUGCAGUGGCCCAAGCAAUAUCAGUGGAACUACCAUCAUCUGGUGGUUCCGGAGGUGGUGAAAAGCCUUCUGGAGGACAGGGUGGAGAGAAGCCCUCAUCUGGAGGAGAAGGCGGAGAGCAACCAUCAUCUGGUGGAGAAGGCGGACCAUCUUCAGGAGGACAAGGUGAAGGACCAGAAGUUGCAGUGGCUCAAGCAAUAUCAGUGGAUCUGCCAUCACCUGGUGGUUCCGGAGGUAGACAAAAGCCUUCUGGAGGACAAGGUGGACAGAAGCCUUCAUCUGGAGGAGAAGGCGGAGAACCAGAAGGUCCAGAAGCAAUUGCAGUAGCUGGACCAUCAUCUGGAGCUGGUGAUAGUGGAAAACCUUCUGGAGGACAGGGUGGAGAGAAACCAUCUGGUGGACAAGGCGGACAGCAGCCUUCAGGUGGAGAAGGUGGAGAAAAGCCCUCAUCUGGAAGAGAAGGCGGAGAACCAGAAGGUCCAGAAGCAAUUGCAGUAGCUGAACCAUCAUCUGGUGGAUCUGGUGAUAGUGAAAAGCCUUCUGAAGGACAGGUCGGAGAAAAACCAUCUGGUGGAGAAGGCGGAGAGCAACCAUCAUCUGGUGGAGAAGGCGGACCAUCUUCAGGAGGACAAGGUGGCGAACCCGAAGUUGCAGUGGCCCAAGCAAUAUCUUUGGAACUACCAUCAUCUGGUGGUUCCGGAGGUGGUGAAAAGCCUUCUGGAGGACAGGGUGGAGAGAAGCCCUCAUCUGGAGAAGGCGGAGAGCAACCAUCAUCUGGUGGAGAAGGCGGACCAUCUUCAGGAGGACAAGGUAAAGGACCGGAAGUUGCAGUGGCUCAAGCAAUAUCAGUGGAUCUGCCAUCACCUGGUGGUUCCGGAGGUGGACAAAAGCCUUCUGGAGGACAAGGUGGACAGAAGCCUUCAUCUGAAGGAGAAGGCGGAGAACCAGAAGGUCCAGAAGCAAUUGCAGUAGCUGGACCAUCAUCUGGAGCUGGUGAUAGUGGAAAACCUUCUGGAGGACAGGGUGGAGAGAAACCAUCUGGUGGACAAGGCGGACAGCAGCCUUCAGGUGGCGAAGGUGGAGAAAAGCCCUCAUCUGGAGGAGAAGGCGGAGAACCAGAAGGUCCAGAAGCAAUAGCAGUAGCUGGACCGUUAUCUGGUGGUUCUGGGGAUAGUGGAAAGCCUUCUGGAGGACAAGGAGGAGAGAAGCCCUCAUCUGAAGGAGAAGGCGGAGAACCAGAAGGUCCAGAAGCAAUUGCAGUAGCUGGACCAUCAUCUGGUGGAUCUGGUGAUAGUGGAAAGCCUUCUGAAGGACAGGGUGGCGAAAAACCAUCUGGUGGACAAGGCGAACCAUCUUCAGGAGGACAAGGUGGCGAACCCGAAGUUGCAGUGGCCCAAGCAAUAUCUUUGGAACUACCAUCAUCUGGUGGUUCCGGAGGUGGUGAAAAGCCUUCUGGAGCACAAGGUGGACAGAAGCCUUCAUCUGGAGGAGAAGGCGGAGAACCAGAAGGUCCAGAAGCAAUUGCAGUAGCUGGACCAUCAUCUGGAGCUGGUGAUAGUGGAAAACCUUCUGAAGGACAGGGUGGAGAGAAACCAUCUGGUGGACAAGGCGGACAGCAGCCUUCAGGUGGAGAAGGUGGAGAAACGCCCUCAUCUGGAGGAGAAGGCGGAGAACCAGAAGGUCCAGAAGCAAUAGCAGUAGCUGGACCGUUAUCUGGUGGUUCUGGGGAUAGUGGAAAGCCUUCUGGAUUACAAGGAGGAGAGAAGCCCUCAUCUGAAGGAGAAGGCGGAGAACCAGAAGGUCCAGAAGCAAUUGCAGUAGCUGGACCAUCAUCUGGUGGAUCUGGUGAUAGUGGAAAGCCUUCUGAAGGACAGGGUGGAGAAAAACCAUCUGGUGGAGAAGGCGGAGAGCAACCAUCAUCUGGUGGAGAAGGCGGAUCAUCUUCAGGAGGACAAGGUGGCGAACCCGAAGUUGCAGUGGCCCAAGCAAUAUCUUUGGAACUACCAUCAUCUGGUGGAUCCGGUGGUGGUGAAAAGCCUUCUGGAGGACAGGGUGGAGAGAAGCCCUCAUCUGGAGGAGAAGGCGGAGAGCAGCCAUCAUCUGGUGGAGAAGGCGGACCAUCUUCAGGAGCACAAGGUGGCGAACCCGAAGUUGCAGUGGCCCAAGCAAUAUCUUUGGUACUUCCAUCAUCUGGUGGAUCCGGUGGUGGCGAAAAGCCUUCUGAAGGACAGGGUGGAGAGAAGCCUUCAUCUGGAGGAGAAGGCGGAGAACCAGAAGGUCCAGAAGCAAUUGCAGUAGCUGGACCAUCAUCUGGAGCUGGUGAAAGUGGAAAACCUUCUGGAGAACAGGGUGGAGAGAAACCAUCUGGUGGACAAGGCGGACAGCAGCCUUCAGGUGGCGAAGAUGGAGAAAAGCCCUCAUCUGGAGGAGAAGGCGGAGAACCAGAAGGUCCAGAAGCAAUAGCAGUAGCUGGACCGUUAUCUGGUGGUUCUGGGGAUAGUGGAAAGCCUUCUGGAGGACAAGGAGGAGAGAAGCCCUCAACUGGAGGAGAAGGCGGAGAACCAGAAGGUCCAGAAGCAAUUGCAGUAGCUGGACCAUCAUCUGGUGGAUCUGGUGAUAGUGGAAAGCCUUCUGAAGGACAGGGUGGCGAAAAACCAUCUGGUGGACAAGGCGGACCAUCUUCAGGAGGACAAGGUGGCGAACCCGAAGUUGCAGUGGCCCAAGCAAUAUCUUUGGAUCUACCAUCAUCUGGUGGUUCCGGAGGUGGUGAAAAGCCUUCUGGAGGACAAGGUGGACAGAAGCCUUCAUCUGGAGGAGAAGGCGGAGAACCAGAAGGUCCAGAAGCAAUUGCAGUAGCUGGACCAUCAUCUGGAGCUGGUGAUAGUGGAAAACCUUCUGAAGGACAGGGUGGAGAGAAACCAUCUGGUGGACAAGGCGGACAGCAGCCUUCAGGUGGAGAAGGUGGAGAAACGCCCUCAUCUGGAGGAGAAGGCGGAGAACCAGAAGGUCCAGAAGCAAUAGCAGUAGCUGGACCGUUAUCUGGUGGUUCUGGGGAUAGUGGAAAGCCUUCUGGAGGACAAGGAGGAGAGAAGCCCUCAUCUGAAAGAGAAUGCGGAGAACCAGAAGGUCCAGAAGCAAUUGCAGUAGCUGGACCAUCAUCUGGUGGAUCUGGUGAUAGUGGAAAGCCUUCUGAAGGACAGGGUGGAGAAAAACCAUCUGGUGAAGAAGGCGGAGAGCAACCAUCAUCUGGUGGAGAAGGCGGAGAGCAACCAUCAUCUGGUGGAGAAGGCGGACCAUCUUCAGGAGGACAAGGUGGCGAACCCGAAGUUGCAGUGGCCCAAGCAAUAUCAGUGGAACUACUGUCAUCUGGUGGAGGUGGUCAAAAACCUUCUGGAGGACAGGGUGGACAGAAACCUUCAUCUGGAGGAAAAGGGGAAAUCUCCAGCAGUUUAGAAGCUGAAGAAGAGGCUGAAGUUGCAGAGGUUGUAAAUUCCAUACUUGCAUUAUUAGAAAAGGAAGGAAUAAUUGAUGUUCCUCAAAAACCAGCAAAACAACAAGGAAAACAACCUUCAUCUGGUGGACAAGAAGGAGAACAACCUUUAUCUAGAGAGGGAGGUACAGAAGAACCUGAAUCUGAAGAAGAAGGAGGCGUUCCAGAUGUUGCAGCAGCACAGGCGCUAGCUGUGCUUGCACCAUCAUCUGGAGGUUCUGAUGGUGGACAGCAGUCAUCCGGCGACCAAAGUGGAGAGGAACCUUCAUCUGGAGGCCAAGGUGGAGAGCCAGAAGUUGCAGCAGCCCAAGCAGUAUCAGUCACUGGAACAUCAUCUGGCGGUUCAGAGAACGGUCAGCAAACCUCUGGUGGAGCGCAAGGUAGCCAAGAGGGACUUUGCUCCUGCUCUCUUGAAAGUUUAUCGUUGACCAAAAUUUUGCGUUCAGGUAGUACGCUUUCUAGAGUUGUCGAACUGAUUAACGGCUUCGUCAAUUCACUUUCUUCUGGACAAAAUAGUUUCGAUUAUAAUGAAUUUGGAAACCUUGUCUCGGAUCUGUUUUCGUCAUUGUUAGAGGAAAAUCCAGAGGAGUCUUCUUGUUCUUUGUUUGUACAAAUAAUUUUGGAAACACUAAUAUCUAGCAUUCAUCUCCUGAAGAAUGCUGAAAUUGGUCCUCUUUCAAAUCUGCCAUCGAAUAUCGAGAUUGAAGACGUUCUUUCGCAACUUAAAAAUUCUGUGCUGAAAUUAUGAGAAAGUAAUGACGUAAACGUCAAUUACGAGUUUAUUUUUGAAAUUUGUAUUGUUUCUUAAUUGAAAAAUAAAUUUCAUCUCAUACUGAA